AAGCACAGGCUAGGAUGUCGAUGUAGCGCCAUCUAGUGUUGAAUGUGAUUUUCUGAUUCCAAUUUCAUAUUAGUGCGGAACAUAAGACUUUGUAGUCUUUUGCAUCCACCCGGACGACUGCAUCAGUCACAACAUGGCGAACCACCUUCGUUUCGUUGCUCGGACGGUGAUGGUCCAAGAGGGCAAUGUCGAUGCAGCUUACAAGGCUCUAAAUAGAGUGCUGUCUGUGGAUGGAAUUAUCGAAACGGUGAAACGAAAGCGCUACUAUGAGAAGCCCUGUCGGCGCAGGCAGCGAGAGAACUAUGAAAACUGCAAGAGGAUCUAUCAUUCUGAAAUGGCCAGGAAGAUCUCCUUCAUCUCCCGGACGCAGAGACAAGACCCCUGGGUCGGCUCCUAGGUGGAGGUCUAUGUUCCGUCUGUGUGAAGAGGACCGUUAGGAGUAAGAGCUCACUGAGUUAGCACUACCCAGCUGGAAGAUCAAGAUUUGUAUUCAAUCCAUAGGGUUAGGAUUCGUGGCAGACACUUUGAAAAAUUGUUUAUCUUUGAAAUGAUAUCUUCGGUUUUGAAUGGUAAUUUUCCCUGUUCGUUAUAGCGCGGCGUGCCAGAGGCGAGCAUGUCUGUCUUGUUUGAGAAAUGAAACCUUCAUUCUCGUAUGAAACCUGACAGUAACUAUUUACAUCAAACUAUUGUUAACAUUUUAGACACAAAGCCAAAUUGAUGUUUCCCACCUGGAUCAAAAGUUGUGGUAAUACUGAAGUUAAAUUAAAUUCUCUCAUUAUGUAAA